AUGUUUUAGAGAUGCAUGAGUGUAUUUAUUUGCAUGUUUCUCUGAAACAGAAUCAAAUCAUUACAGCUUCAUGUCCUGCACCCUUCUGAGAGAGGCAGGACUCUACUGUGGUUUAGCUGUCUUCCUACUGUCUCUGUGAUCUGAAUCUGUCUCCUCUCUUCAGUUUACUUCUGCUGUUCUCAUCCAAUUAUUUUGGAUAGGUGCAUUUCAAGACAAGGAAUCAUGCAUUACUUGCUGCUGGGAUGUUGUGUCAUGGCACUGAUUUAUCUCUCAGAAACUCAUAUAGAGGUAUUCCAGAAGCCACGUUUCAUUGGUGUACAAACUGGUCGGAAUGUGAUUAUAUACUGUGUGGGGUCUAAUCCAUCAUUGCCUGCUCAAGUGGAGUGGCUCAAAGCCAGGGCUUACAACGAAAAUCCUUUCCCAUUCAAGAAAAACAAAAGAACAGUUAUAAUGGACAAGACCUCUAACAGAAGUGCUUCCAUUGUCAUAAAUAAUGUGGCGGUUGAGGACAGUGGUGUUUACUUUUGCAAGCUGAAUGGUAAUCAGGGACCAGGAACUGAACUGCAAGUUUCAAGAUUUAGUAACAGCCAAGCUAUCCAGAAGAGAUCCAGAAUAAAGGAUGCCAUCAUUUUCCUUCAGGGUUUUUUGCUGAUUAUGUUCAUUGCUGUUCCUCUGGUCCAGUUUUACAGACUGGAUAAGAAAGAAGAGGCAGUUUAUGAAGAACCUGAGGAUGACCACACAUAUGAGGGUUUGGAAAUCGAGCAUUGUGGUGACAUAUAUGAAGACAUCUCUACUUUAACGCAGUCCCAGGGCCCAGAUGCACCCUGGGAAGUUGAGUCCCCAGACCAGGAGUAAAAAUACACAUUAGGCAUCAAAAUAUUGAUGAGCACAUAUCUCUUCAAUUAGCAUAUCCAACCCACAAUCCACGGCAAUCUAGUUUGAUGGCGAGCUAGGUGUAUUGGUCAUACUGUAUGUCAGUAUGUAAAUACAUGUUUAAUUUGAUUUGUUCUUCACUAGGAAGCACAAAGGUGAUUUCCCUGUAGAUAUGAGAAUAUUCAUGCAGUUUGAAAGGCUUAAACAUUUUUGUUGUGGUGGUCACAUAUCCUUACACAACCUUAAGGAUCACCAAUUGAUAACUGUAAUACAUUUAAUGUCUUUAUUUGCUUGUAUGUUUGCUUGUUAGUGUCCUUGAUUUCACUUUUUUUUUUUUUUUUUUUUUUUUGUUGUUGUUGUUGUUGUUGCUGUUUUUGAGAUUAUUUUAAAGUACAAUGUAUUAUGUGGUAGUUCAUUUGGUGUUUGUUUGUUUGUUUGUUUGUUAUGAAUGUACUGACAGUGUUAGUCAUUCAUGGUAAGGUGCUCUUAUUUUGUGGUAAUAAAAAUACAAAUGAUAAGGAGCUUCUUUAAGUUUAAGGGAGAUUCCUGCAAAUUAAAGGUGUUCAAAAUGUCUACUUUCACUUCAUAGUUGUUAAAAUAAGCACGAGAGAAUCAGGUGUUUUUCCAUAAGUCAACUUUUUUGGUAUAUUGUGAGAAUUACUCACUUCAUGGUUACUUUUAUUGAUCAAUUUGGUGUAUAUUAUGUGGAUAAUGCAUAAUUAUACCCACUGUGGGGGUUAUCUAAUUACAAAGUUAUUAAUUACUGUAAUCUUAUUCCUUGUAGUACCAAAAGUAGUGUGGCCAAUUACAUUUAUAAUUUUUUGCAAUCAGAUUACAGUUACUGACUUUCUGUUAACUUAAUUUUUAUUACUUGGGUUAUACAUUUCCAAAAUAAUAUUGUACAUGUAUAAUACAUAAUGUGUACAUAUUUUUGCGUUUUGAGACAGCUGGAGGCCAUGCGCCCCUUAACAAUUCAAUAGCCCCUUUUACACAGGCAACCAGGUAAAUUAGAGGAAAAUCAUUUGGUUGCCUUUACUAAUAAAUGUACCACAUGUGCUGUUCACACAUACCAUCAAAAUGGACAUUUACAGGUACUUAUGAUAUGACUUCUCAUUCAGGGAAAUGGCCAGAACAAAAUUUACCAGUAUUUUCAAAAGGGUGGUGUUCACACAUGACCUCUAACCUGAAAAUUGCGGUCAGUUUUCUGGAAAACGCUGUAUGUGUGAAAGGGGCUAAAGAAAAAGAAUGAAAUAUAGACAUUAUUUUAAAUUUGCUGAGUGGAAAAACACAGGCUUUUCUGUGAAAAUUGUUUUAGUGAGUAACUUAAAACUACAGCAGUUGGUAAAGUAACAAUGAUUUUGAUGAAGGAAUCUGAUUAUAUUUUGUAUUAAUUGGACUGAAUUUGCAGUGAAUUCCUUUUUUUUUUUUUUUUUUUUUUUAAUAAAGUAUAACUUACCCAACACUGUUUACUCAUAUUUGAAAAUGAAACACUUCUACACUCAAAAAAUAAAUAAAUAAAAUGCCCAUUUUUAAGAUUUACACAUUUCAAUUGCAUA